GUUUUAUGAUGAACAAAGAAAAAAGGGCCUUCUUCUCUACCACCUGUGGAAUAAAUCUAUAUAAACCACUGGAUCAUUCAGCUUUGUUCAGUUCCGAAAGUAUUUCUUCACAUCUUGAUGCCCUUAUAGUGUAGGUACACCUGAUAAAAUGAACAAGAUAUUUGGAGUUGCUUUUGUAGUUCUAGUCAUCAAUGGAGCUUUUUCAUUUUCUCCACAAUAUGAACUACAAACAAUAAUCGCUUUGGAUAGAGAUUACGUCCCAAUUCCUUACCGAUCUCAGAUAAGUGGUUGGAGAAACAAUCAAUAUCUUCAACCACCCAUAACCACUACAACUUCAGAAAAACCAAACACGGAAACGUCGGAAACCACACCCAAACCAAAAGGAUGGAAGAGAGGAUCAGGCACUUACAGAAGAGAUUAUCCAUAUGGAUAUGGUAACAAGUAUGGCAAAGGAUGGAAAUUGAGGACCAGCCGGUAUUACCGAUAAAAAUCAUUGAUCCUAUUGUGAAUAAUUUUUAACUUGAUUGGAUAUUUGGAUCACUUGUACGAUUUCAAAAUUGGUUCGUACAAUUCUACAGUUGAAUGACAUAAAAUUGUUCAAUGCCCAAUAUGGAAUUGUGAGGGGCACAUAAUAAAAUAAUUAAACAUUAGUAUUUUCAGAA